CCGAGCUUCGACACCAUGAUUCGAUAUAUCAUUCUCGCCUCCAUCGUUUUGAACGUGGCCCGCUCCGCGCCACAGUGGUAUCCUGGAGCGUAUGGCGGCCACGCGGCCCCGGCCCCGUUGGGGCCCGAUGGAAGAGUGGUGGACACGCCGGAAGUCGCCCAAUUGAAGGGCCACUUGGCCGCCUUGGCCGACGCGAAUGCCAGAGCGCCCAAAGGCCCCGGCGGCCCUUAUCCCGGCCCCCCUGGCCCCUACGGGCCCGGAAACUAUGCCCCGCAUUACAGCGGGCCACCGGCCCCCCUCGGCCCGGACGGCCGCGUGGUGGACACGCCGGAAGUGCAACAGGCCAAGGCAGCGCAUUUCUCUUUGUACAACGCCGCGGCCCAGUCGAGCGCCCCGCCGGCUCCAGCACCUCCUGGGUCAUGGAAUCCGCACGGGGGCUCCUCAUGGAACAAUCCCUCCUGGAACUCUGGACACGAUUGGAAUCAGUGGAAUUAGACAAUGGAAGCUGACCAACUCUCAUUCCUCUCCAUCGAUCGAUGAUACGAGUGAUAGAAAAUUCCCUUGGACCCAUCGAGUUUUCAACUACCUCCAAGAAUCUUUAUCUCAAGAAUCAAGUGCUAUCCCUUUCGCUAUUCUUGUAUAUGCAACGUGCCCUUCUCUGAGCUCCCUUCCCCUCUGGUUCUACCUUCUCUGUGAUUCCUCUUCGUCUACCUCUUGGUCGUUUGUCUUCGGUUUUCCCGGAUUCUUCUCGGCGUUGAAUUCGAGGUUGGUUUUCUUCUUUUUUUUUUUUUUUUUUUCUAUAGUUUUAA